AACAGCAGCCGGGAGGGAGAGAGACAAGCAUGCACCAAAGGCACGAGCGCGACCGGCGGCGUCGGCUCGGCCCUGAGCUGCCGCUGGGUGACCAUGGUGAAUUCGAUGAGGGAAGCGGUGAGAAAGCGAGCGCAGAUACUGUUGUUAGCUACUAGUAGAGUGAAACCAGGGUUAGUAAGCAAGGCCAACGCCAAGGCAGCUACGGCCAACGGCAGCGGCUUGCAUCCAGCCUUCAUUCCUGCAGCAAAGCGGCGCGUCAAAACUGGCAGGCAGCCCAGACGCUCGAGAACACAUCAACACACCACACACAGGUCAGGCACGCACAAGAAACACCUGCCACCGCCGGCGGCCGCCCGGUCGCUCGCUGCCGAUCGACGGCCAUGGACUUCGACGACCACGACGACAGUGACGAGGAGAUGGCGCCGAUGCCGAUGCCGAUGCCGAUGCCGGUGAGCUCCAGCUACGACGCCCCGCCUCUGGCAGCUGGGUUCGGUGGCGGCGGCGUGGAGCCGCUCAGCGUUCGCGCCAAGGCCCCGGCGGGCGGCCUCGGCGGCGGCGGCGGCGGCGGCGGGAGGUACCGAGAGUGCCUCAAGAACCACGCGGUGGGCAUCGGGGGCCACGCCGUGGACGGGUGCGGCGAGUUUAUGCCCGCCGGCGAGGAGGGCACGCUCGGCGCGCUCCGCUGCGCCGCGUGCGGCUGCCACCGCAACUUCCACCGCAAGGAGCCCGCCGCGGGCUCGCUCGUCUCCCCCGCCGCGCUGGCCGCCUACGGCAGCGCCGCGCCGCACCACCACCACUUCUCCCCGUACUGCCGCACCCCGGCCGGGUACUUCCACCAGCAGCCGCUGCAGAUGGCCCCGCCCGUGCCCGUGGGGCACACGCCGCGGCCGCUGGCGCUGCCGUCCACGUCCCACGGCUGGCGCGACGACGGCGACGGCGACGACGACUUUUCCGGGAUGGCCGGGCCGCUGUCGUCGGCGGUGGGGCCGCUGGGCGGCAUGUCCCUCGGCGGCACCACCGGGCCUUCCGGCUCGGGCGGGUCCGGCAAGAAGCGGUUCCGCACCAAGUUCAGCCAGGAGCAGAAGGACAGGAUGCUGGCGUUCGCGGAGCGCGUGGGGUGGCGCGUCCAGAAGCACGACGAGGCCGCCGUGCAGCAGUUCUGCGACGAGGUCUGCGUCAAGCGCCACGUGCUCAAGGUGUGGAUGCACAACAACAAGCACACCCUCGGCAAGAAGCCGUAGCGCGCUAGCACCAUCACCUGACCUGACCUGACCCCCGGACGCGUGUGUACUCCCAUCCCAUCCGUACACGGAAGAGCCACGUACACGCUUGCAUUUUGUUGAUCGCAGAUCGAUCGGGGGUGGCCGGGGCCAGCCCCUCCGGCCGGUAGGUACACAUGUGCAUCUUCUUUGUCAGCAUUCUUGUUUCGGCUCCGGCGCCUUCGUGGCGGCGUAGGUUAGUUGCAGUAACUCGUAGCGAGCUGCAUAUGCUCCAUCGAUCUUCUUGCCGGCGGUUCUUUCAGUUCUCAUUUACCCGUACUUGUUGGUGUUGUUUAUUAAUUAAUUAAUUCGGCAUGGCCAUUUGCCGGUUUGCUUGGUU